UACUAAUCCCUUUCUGUUCAGGUUGUGGCGCGUCUGUUGGCUCUGCCGGUGGAUUUCUGGGCCCAGUUUGUGAUGGCAGCAGAAAACGAGCAGCCGAACUUGGCGCAUUUGAUCAUUGAAAAUGCAAACUGCUACGCCACCCCUGAGAGAGCUGGAGUGAGCAUACUGGGACCUCUGACCACUCCGGAGUACCAGCUCAAUAAAACCCCCUCCUCCAGCUCUCUGUCUCAGCGCAUGAAGUCCUCUCUGACACCCAGAUUUGGGUCAAAGAGCAAAUCAGCAGUGGGAUUUUCUCGCCAAGGAAAGUUCUUUUCUUCUCCGCUCCUCAAAUAAUAUCAAAGCAGCUGCAUUUAAUCCUUUAUUCUUACUGCAAUAACAGCGACUAGUUUGUUUUAUGAAUAACAUUUAAUUGCGUCUAUAAACACCUCCAAUGUAGUCUUCCUCUGCAUUCUUAAAAAUUCUGUUUCUGAAUGUUAGUUUUUAUUGUUUUCUUUUGUUUGUUUUUAACAUUUGUAAAAUGGGAUUUUUUUUUUAUUUUUUAUUUUUAAAACAACUAGUUUUUUCUGUCUGUGCACACAUGUGUCUUUAGGACUGUUGCUCCUAAUAAAUGUCCAGAGUGGCAUUCUCAUUUCAGAUGACAACACACGAAAAUGCACUGUCUAUUCACUCUUAGAUAAGUGUGCUCAUAGAUGAAAAUAUGUACUGUAUAUGAACAGUUUUAUUGUGACCUGCUUCUAAAUGUAAUUGUUUCCCUUUAAUAGUUUUUCAGCUCAUGUGUCACUCAGAAGUUGAGAAACUUAUUUUUUUUUUAUUAUUAUUAUUUUUUGGUAUUUUAUUCUAGGUUAGAGUUGAUUGUGUGGCUGAUGUUUGUAUUUCAUUUGUUUUUAUUUAGAUUGUCUUCAUCCCACAGUAUUUUGUUUAGUGAAUAUAAUUUAGAAGUGUGCAUACCCUUUCCUUCUUGCUUAAUAACAAACUGUAGUAAUAAGAACUCAAUGAAGACUUUUCAACCAGA